GCUAGGUGGCGUCUCCCCGCGCUGGGAUUAACUGUCUCCUCUCUCUCAGCACUCCCUGAAUUCCAUUCCGCCUUUUACUUUUUCUGCAGGCUCUCGCUGCACAGGACUUCGCAGUGACUUUGCUUGACCGCAUUUAGCCCAGAGCCAAGUCCCAAGUUUCGGAGCGCACAGGAGCAGAAGCAAGUUUGGAGCCUCUCCAAGUCGAUAGAUUACGCCCUUUUUACGCACACACAAAUAAACAAAGGCGAAAUAAGGAUCAGCUGUACCUGUUGAUGAAGCGUCGCCGGGUGCGGGACGCAGAGGAGCAGUCGGGUUUCUCCACUGAGAAGAAAAGUGUGAAAAAGCUGCGGGCACCGUGUCGCUCCAGUGGCCAGCAGGAGUGAAGGACCUCGGGUUUCCCUUUUUUGCCCAGCAUUUGCAGCCUGUGCUGGGUUGGUGGAAAAUGGGCACUCCGACCAGUUCAGUCUGUGGACUUAUCUUCUCUUUGAUACUCACUUGCCAGUUGGUUAGUAUGACACAGGCAUCCAAGGUGUGGGGAGAGGUCCCUCUGCCAGAAGACUUGGAGGCGGAGAGAGCUGUCCAGGCAUCUCAGAGUUUACUGGAUGAUGACGAGGACUUUGCUGCUGAUGAAGCUUCAGGAGAUCUGGUGAGUGGAGAGGAUGAUGGAAGCACGCCGUGGCCUUCUGUCAAUGAAACCACAAUUUAUUACAGAGCUCUUGUCAACUUCACUGACUCCCUGGUCUACGGCCCUGAGCUCGACGACAUCUUCUCUCCAGCCUUUAGUGAGAUCUCUGAAGCAGUGGUGGACACGCUGGAGUCAGAAUACAACAGGAUUUCAGGUGUCCAGACUGUCAGCGUGGUCCUCAUUAAGAGGAUGGUAAGGGAGAAUGCGGUGGAUGUGUUUGUGGAGUUGGACGUGGGUUCUGAAUAUAACAGCAAUGAUGAAGAGAUCCGCAGCGUGCUGUACAAUGUGGUGAAGGAGGGAACCAUUGCUUCCUAUGUCACCUCAGUCCAGGGCUUUCAGUUCAGACGUCUUGGGGAAGCUCAGCAUCUGCCUCCAGUGGAGCCUAUAGCAGUGCCAGUAGCCCCCCAAAUCAGACCCUGCAUGCCAGAUGAGCACAGAUGUGGUGAUGGGACAUGUAUCCUGUUGGAAUACCUGUGUGACAACAGACCGGACUGCACAGACAUGAGUGAUGAGACCAGUUGUGUCUUCACCCCCCCUCCCAUCACACCCACCACCACCACCAAGAAGACCCCACGGCCCCCCGGCCCACCUGGACCCUGCAGAGCAGAUCAAGCCACAUGCCAGAGUGGAGAGUGUAUCUCUCGAGACUAUAUCUGUGAUGGAGAGAAGGACUGCUCGGACGGAAGCGAUGAGUUCAGAUGUGGUACACCGUCUCCCUGUGAGCCCAAUGAGUUCAAAUGUAAAAAUGGUCGCUGUGCUCUCAAGCUUUGGCGCUGUGAUGGAGACAACGACUGUGAGGAUAACUCAGAUGAAACAGACUGCCCCACCAAGGGUCCUGGCGACAGGUGUGCUCCUGAGCAGUUUGAAUGCCUGAGUGAUCGCACCUGCAUCCCAGCUAGUUACCAGUGUGACGAAGAGCCAGACUGCCCUGACCGCUCCGAUGAGUAUGGCUGCACCCCCCCCUCUGUGACAACCCCACCGGAGGAGUCUGUUCAAGCAGCACGGGGGUCGACGGUGACGUUCACCUGUCAUGCAGUUGGGGUGCCAACACCCAUCAUCACCUGGAGACUCAACUGGGGCCACAUUCCCAUCAGCAAUAGGAUCUCCAUGACCAGCGAGAACGGCCACGGCACCCUCACCAUUCACAAUGUGAAGGAGGCAGAUCAGGGGGCCUACACCUGUGAGGCUAUCAAUGCUAAAGGCCUGGUGUUCGGUAUCCCUGAUGGAGUGCUAACUCUCAUCUCGUAUCCAGACCCAGGCAACUGUUCUGAUGGUCACUUCAGUGUGGAUGGCCGAUGUGUGUCCUGCUUCUGUGCCGGAAUCACCAAGAACUGCAAGAGCACCGGCCGCUACCGCGACCAGAUCAGCCUGCGUUUCACUGAGGAAGAAAACUUCAAAGGAGUGAAUGUCACUUACCCAUCUCGGCCGGGCACUCCCCCCCUCUCCUCCACUCAGGUCCUCAUUAACCCCGAGAUAGAAGAGUUCCAGCUCGUUGACCUUUCACGCCGUUUCCUCAACCUUGACUCCUUCUGGACUUUGCCUCGCCAGUUCCUGGGUAACAAGAUUGACUCCUAUGGAGGGUCACUGAAGUACAAGGUGCGGUACACAUUGGCCCGCGGUCUGUCUGAGCCUGUGGAGAAGCCCGAUGUGAUUCUAGUUGGAAAUGGACGUAGGCUUAUAUACCGCAGAGGCAGCCCCACCCCUUCCCUAGUGGUCAACCAGAAAGAGAUCAUAUUCACUGAAGAUAAGUGGCAGCACUCCAGUGGCCGUCCUGUGAGCCGGGAGGAGCUGAUGAUGACACUGGCCAACCUUGACAGCAUCAAUAUCCGCACAAUCUAUGACAACCACAUGGUCAGCGUGGGACUCAGUGAUAUCAUCAUGGAUACCACCACCGUGGAGUUCAGCAUUCAUGGUCAUGCUAACGAUGUUGAAGAGUGCAGAUGUCCUCCUGGAUAUUCAGGCUUGUCCUGUGAGAUGUGUUCCCCUGGUUUUGAACGUGUCCCUGGUGGCGUCUAUCUUGGCACCUGUACUGGUUGUAAUUGUAAUGGACACGCCAGUGCCUGUGAUCCGAUCAGCGGGCAUUGUCUGAGCUGCCAGCACAACACAGAAGGCCAGCAAUGUGACAAGUGUCGCUCCGGCUACUUUGGUGACCCAAGCCGAGGGCGCCCCGAUGACUGCAAGCCCUGCCCCUGCCCGUACUAUGAGACCACACGGCGGUUCUCUGACACCUGCUUCCUGGAUGUUGACCAGCAGCCAACGUGCGAUGCCUGCAGGCCCGGCUACACAGGCAGACGCUGUGAAAGGUGUGCUCCUGGUUACCAGGGUAAUCCUCUUCUUCCUGAUGGAAAAUGUGUUCUUCGCCCUAUCCACAAUUGUGACAACAGAGGAACUAUCAGCUCCAGCAGCCAGCCAUGCAGCUGCAAGAACAACGUGGCAGGAGCUCUCUGUGAUGAGUGUAAGCCUGGGUUCUUCCACCUCUCAGAGGCCAACUCUGAAGGCUGCCUUCGUUGUUUCUGUAUGGGCGUCACCAAACAGUGUGCCAGCUCCACUUGGAACAGAGAUCAGGUGCGAGGAGGGGUGAACGGGCAGCUCUUCUCCCUCUCCAACAGGGCCAACACGAACACUAUCUCUGAAGACAUCUUCCAGAGAGGCUCCUCUGAAGUUGUCUACACCUCCUUUUACAGGGUCCCCAGCGACAUCUACUACUGGGUCCUGCCUGAGAGCUUCAAUGGAGAUAAGGUGACAGCCUAUGGCGGGGAGCUUCGCUACACAGUGCGCUUCGAACCUCCUCACCGCUCGCUGACGACUCGUGGUCAGCCAGAUGUGGUUCUUCAGGGCAAUGGCAUCUUCCUGGAACACUACUCCCAGACCAGUCCCCUUCCUCGUGUCCCACAAACCAUCACUGUGACCUUCAGAGAAUCUAUGUGGAGACGUUCCGAUGGGCAGCCGUGCACUCGCGAGCACCUCCUGAUGACUCUGGCUGACAUUACUGUCUUCAUGAUCAGGGCCACCUACGCAGACAGCAUGAUUGAGACCAGCAUUUCCGACAUCAAGAUGGACAUAGCUGUUCCUCACUCCACUGGUAAUGAACGUGCUCUGGAGGUGGAAGCGUGCGCCUGCCCCCAGGGAUACAGAGGGCCCUCAUGCCAGGAGUGUGAUGAAGGCUACACCAGGACCAGCUCUGGCCUUUACCUGGGCACAUGUGAGAGGUGUGACUGCAACGGUCACGCCAGCAGCUGUGACCCGGAGACCGGCAACUGUCUGCAAUGUCUCCAUAACACUGCCGGGCCAAGGUGUGAACGCUGUCAGACUGGUUUCUAUGGAAACCCUUUGACGGGCGGUGCUCAAGCCUGCCAGCCCUGCCCCUGUCCUGGAACCACAUCCAGCAACCAAUUCUCCCAGACCUGUUAUCUGCAUUCUGAUGGUCAGCCGACAUGUGAUGACUGUCCCCCUGGAUUCACUGGUCGACGCUGUGAGAGAUGUGCUGCAGGAUACACCGGGAACCCACUGCUUGGACAAAGAUGUAGCAACAAUGAAGUCAAUGGUAACUGCUAUAGCUGUGAUCAAAGGGGACGAGAAAGCUGCAGUGGUGGUGUGUGCCACUGCAAGAUGAACGUUGAAGGCCCAUCUUGCUCCAGCUGUAAGCCUGGAACCUUCCAUCUCAGCCAGGAAAACAAAGAUGGCUGCCUGUCCUGCUUCUGUAUGGGCGUCACUCAGCAGUGCUCAAGCUCUACCUACUAUAGAGACUUGGUGUAUUCAGCAUUUUACCCAGGGAACUUCCAGGGAUUCGCUCUGGUGAACCGUCAGCGCACCAACCGCAUCUCUACUGGUUUCACUGUGGAGGUUUCCACUGAGGGCACUCAGUUGUCUUACAGCAACUUUGACUACGUGGGACAGGAGCCUCACUACUGGCAGUUUCCAGGGGCCUACCAGGGAGACAAGAAAGAUUCUUUCUUUAGUCGCACAAAACGAGCUGAGCAGGGUGAUGUCACACAGCUGGAUGACGAGGUCUGGGAGCUCCUUUCUAACUUCUCCAAUGGACGAAAGGGUUCCCUGCCAUUCUCUCCCUCCUUCUUCUCUAAAUCCUCCUCCUCUUUCUCUUCCUCUUCCUCUUCUUCUUCUCGUGUCCCUGCUUCCUCUUCAUCCUCUCGUUGGUCUUUGCAUAACCUGAGCCCCCCCUCUCCUCCGUCUGGUAUCUCCUCUUCAGUUAGAGCAGCCAGACCCCAGCCCUACUCCCCAGGUCACGCUCCCCGUUUGCAGAGCAAGAACUCAGUGAGAAAGACUUCUGCUAGUGCUUCUGGGGACAUGAGAAAGUACUUUCUGGUCUACAAAGGUUUCAGCUUGCACCAGGAUGAUCUGCUCUUCUGGCAGCUCCCAGCGCAGUUCACAGGGAAUAAGGUGGGUGCUUAUGGUGGCAAACUGAAAUACACCAUCUCUUAUGUGGCUGGUCCAAGAGGAACACAACUUGAUGAUGCUGACGUCCAAAUAAUUGGUAACGACAUCACUCUGGUAGCUCGUCAGCCCUGGCAGAGAAGACAGCAGGGCAGCAGAGAGACUCACCACUUUGAGAUUGUCUUCAGGGAGGAACACUGGCAUCGUCCUGACGGCAUGCCUGCCAACCGUGAACACCUGAUGAUGGUUUUGGCUGACCUAGAUGACAUCCUUGUCCGCGCUUCCUACUCCACUGAGAUGCGCUCCUCCAGUAUCUCUGACAUCAGCAUGGAAGUCGCUGUGCCCAACUACAGCGGCUUGGCACAGGCCCUCGAGGUGGAGCAGUGCCGCUGCCCAGCUGGGUACCAGGGACUCUCCUGCCAGGACUGUGCACCUGGAUACACUCGCACUGGAGGAGGUUUAUACCUGGGUCACUGUGAGCUGUGCGAAUGUAACGGCCACUCCGACACCUGCCACCCAGAGACCGGCAUCUGCACGAGCUGCCUGCAUAACACACAGGGUGAACUCUGCGAUCAGUGCGGCCCUGGCUUCUAUGGCGACCCCACUGUUGGCACUCCAGAGGACUGCCAGCCCUGCGCCUGCCCUCAUCCUGACCCUGACAACCAGUUCUCUCCUACCUGUGAGAGCCUUGGAAAUGGAGGCUACCAGUGCACCGCCUGUCAGCCGGGCUACACUGGCCAGUAUUGUGAACGUUGUGCUCCUGGAUACGUUGGCAACCCACAGGAGAGACAGAAGUGUCGUCCAUACGAUGCUGCAGCUUCUCUGGUGGUGAAGAUCUAUCCAGAAAGGGUCCUGGCAUCCCAGGGUGGUCCUGUCACUUUGAGGUGUCAAGUAUCCGGCUCUCCUCCGCACUACUUCUUCUGGUCCAGAGAGGAUGGACGACCCAUCUCCAGCAGUACUGAGAAACGCAGACACGGAGCAGAGUUGUACUUCCCCAGCGUGCAGCCGAGUGAUGCCGGAGUCUACAUCUGUACCUGCCAAGACCUGCGCAGCACCAACAGGAGCCAUGCUGAAAUUGUUGUCACAAGUGUCCCAUCCAGACCCAUUGAGGUGACGGUUGAGGAACCCAGAACUCAGACUGUCAGGGUGGGGUCUACUGUCAACUUCAUCUGUACUGCAAAGAGCAAGUCGCCAGCCUACACCCUGGUGUGGACCCGGUUGGGUAACAGGAAGCUUCCCAGCCGGGCCAUGGACUUCAAUGGCAUCCUGACAAUUCAGAAUGUCCAGCCCGAGGACGCGGGCAUCUAUGUUUGUACUGGCUCCAACAUGUUUGCCAUGGACGAAGGCAAUGCCGUCCUCUAUGUGCCAGAGGCCUCACAGACUCAGAUGUUUUACACAGCCUAUGAAAUGUUUGAAGGACGCAGAAAGCCUGCAGUAGGGGCCCAGCCUGUGGCCACCGUUACUCCCUCAGUGCUGAACGUCCGGCAGGGCCAGAGGGCAGAGUUUCACUGUGCAGUGACUGGCAACCCAACACCUGCCAUCGAAUGGAUCGGAGGUCCAGGGAACAGAAUGAGUCCCAGAGCUGUGAUACGAGCUGGUGUACUGACCUUCACAGCAGUGGACCCAGCUGAUGAGGGAGAGUACACCUGCAAGGCCCUGAACACUCAUGGCGAGCACACAGCACGGGUUUCUCUCUUUGUACAAAAGUCCCACCCAAGUGGCCUAGGCACCCAGCCCCAAGUCCAAGUCAGCCCCCAAAAUAUUGAAGUUCAAGAAGGCGACACAUUGAGGUUGUACUGCCGUGCAUCAGGAUCACCCACCCCGAAGCUCACCUGGCUGAAGAAUGGAGGACAUCUCCCUCCAGAGGCUAUUUCCUCUCAUGGUUUCCAUCAAUUUAAAAGCAACAGUGUCGAUGUGUUACAGAGACGUAUUGAGGACCUACAGGCCCAAACGGACCGCACCGACAUCGGUACCCUGCUCAUCCCCAACAUCAAGGUGUCUGACUCAGGCACUUACAUGUGUGUUGGCAGCAACAGCAUUGGCUCAAAUAGUGCUCCAAUUAAAGUCACUGUGUUCAAAGCGGACCAUAGCUCUUCGGUGGUCAGCAUCCAGCCAUCUAUAGCUAACGUCCAGGAGGGCCAGAGUCUGGAGCUCAACUGUUUUGCCCCUGGAAAUCCCCCUCCCCAAGUCACCUGGAUGAGAGCCAGGGGACCCCUCUCCUCCAACCAUCAGGUUCUGGGCAAUCAGCUCCGAAUUCUGUCAGCCACUCCAGAGGAUUCAGGAGAAUAUAUCUGCCAAGUACAGAGUAUCCCUGGAAGCCCAGGAUCCCAUAUCCACCAGUCCUCUGUCUCUGUGUCUGUCACUUCAUCUUCUUCACGUCUUCAGAGUCCCAUCAUUGCCAUUGAGCCCCACACUGCUGCAGUGCGUGUGGGGGAGUCAGCCAGCUUCAGGUGCAGGGUGUACAGCGGAGCUCAGCCUGUCAGACUGGAGUGGAAACUGGCCAGCAACCAGCCCCUGCCAGAUAAUGUGGAUGUUAGCCCUGAUGGUUCUGUUAUUACCAUCAGCAAUGCCCACUCUAUCAACCACGGUGCCUAUCGCUGUAUAGCGAGCAACCCGUUCGGCAUCACCCAUACCCUGGUGUCUCUGAUAGUUAAAGGGUCUCCUGUGGCCAUUGUCACCCCUGUUGGUCCUGUGCGGGUUAGUGUGGGUGAACCCAUUAACCUGGAAUGCCAGGGAUCUGGAGAACCCCGCCCUUCAGUCUCAUGGCACAGGCUGGACAGGAAUCGCAAGAUCAUGCUGACUAGUCCUGUACCCAUGGAGUCCAACGCAGUCAUGCAGAUUCUAGUGGCACGUCCAGAAGACAGUGGCAUAUAUGUGUGCACAGUUCGCAGCACUGAGGGCACCACAGAGACCAGGGUGGAGGUCAUUGUUGAGGGAGGCUCUCAAGUGCCAUCAGUGCCCAGGGUUUCUGUUACUGAGCCACUGAUGCUUGUGGUGGAGGGACAGUCUGCGACACUGCGCUGUGAAGUGCACGGUAUCCCAACCCCAAAGAUCACCUGGUCCAAGCUACGGUCUCCUCUACCUUGGAGACACAAGGUGGUGAACAACAAUCUGGUGCUGCCCAUUGUGGACCGCCAAGACUCUGGAGAAUACAUCUGCAGUGCCACCAACACUAUGGGCACCACUGAAGUCACCAUCGUGCUAAAUGUAGAGACCCUUCCUUAUGCCACUUCUGUGCCCGACGAUGUGGCGGUGCGUGUCGGGGAGGUGAUCAGGUUACAGUGCCUGGCUCAUGGCACUCCUCCUUUGACCUACACUUGGACCAAGCUAGAUGGAAACCUGUCCCCGAGGGCUCAGGUUAGUGAAGGAGACCUCCAGAUCAACUUGGCCACUGCUGAAGAUGCUGGGAGCUACAAGUGUGUGGCCAGGAACAAAGUGGGCCACAGCGAAGUGGUAGCUAGAGUCACAGUCAGAUCCCCUUUGGCAGUACGUGUAGCUCCCCAGGUUGAAGUAAAGGCCCAGGGCAGUGCUGUGGAAUUCACCUGUUCAGCCGCAGGAGGCAUAGAAACCAAAAUUGAGUGGUUGAAGGAAGGAGGUGCCCUGCCUCCAAACCACCACAUCAAGGAUGGGGUGCUCAGGAUUGAGAACCUUGAGCAGAGCAAUGAGGGUGUGUAUAUUUGCAGAGCUAGCAGUGUGUAUGGUCAGGCCCAGGAUACUGCCAGGCUGACUGUCCAAGCCCUGCCUAAGGUGAUGAUCAAUGUGCGUACCUCAGUGCAGACUGUGAUGAUUGGGAACUCUGUGGAGUUUGAAUGCCAGGCUGUUGGUGACCCAGAGCCCACGGUCAAAUGGAGUAAAGUUGGUGGGGCCCUACCAGCUCACGUCGUUGUGAAUGGCGGCAUGCUGAAGAUCGAGCAGGUGACGGAGGCCGAUGCUGGGCAGUACCGCUGUACUGCCACCAAUGACGUAGGCUCAGUACAGUCUCAGGUGGUCCUCCACGUCCAGUCCCUUCCUCAAAUUGCUGCACUGCCUGAAACAAAAGAGGUGACAGUGGGGUCUGAUGCAGUCUUGCCUUGUGUGGCUUCAGGAUACCCUGUACCUCAGAUCAAAUGGUCCAAGCUGGAAGGAAAGCUUCCUCCUAAGUGUUUCCAAGAAGUCAACGUACUGACAGUUCCUCGUGUCACCCAUGAGGAUUCUGGGACAUACGUGUGUACCGCGUCUAACAAACAGGGCAAAGUGGAAGCUUUUACCAAACUUCACGUUCACGAGAGAGUGAUGCCAUAUUUUGCACAGGAACCUUUGUCCUAUCUCACCCUGCCCACCAUCAAAAAUGCCUACAAGGCCUUCACCAUUAAGAUCAACUUUAGACCUGAUAAUGUCGAUGGUCUUAUAUUGUACGCUGGUAUGAUCCUCUACAACGGCCAGAGAAGGACCACAGGAGCGGACUUUAUCUCUCUGGGACUUGUGGGCGGCCGCUUGGAGUUCAGGUUUGAUGUGGGCUCUGGCAUGGCUACCAUACGUGACCCCAACCCCGUCAAACUGGGAGAGUUUCACACCAUUGAGCUGUAUCGCAACCACACCCUGGGUUAUAUCAUUGUAGAUGGAGGAGAGCCCAUCAAAGGCAGCUCACAGGGCAAGUUUCAGGGCCUGGAUCUGAACGAGGAGCUACAUGUGGGUGGUUACCCUAACUAUACAGUCCUCGACAAAACCGCUGGCAUUAAGACUGGGUUUGUUGGCUGUAUCCGUCAACUGGUCAUCCAAGGUGAGGAGGUCAUCUUCAAAGACCUUGAUCGCAGCUCUACUGGCGUCACAAACUGUCCCACCUGCAAAGAUCACCCAUGCCAGAAUGGUGGCAGGUGUGAGGUCUCAGAGGCCAGCUUGUAUAAGUGCACCUGCCUCAGAGGAUUCACCGGAAGCAACUGCCAGCACCACUCAUCCCUGCACUGUCACUCAGAGGCCUGCGGACCAGAUGCCACCUGCAUCAAUCGCCCAAGUGGCCUGGGCUAUGACUGCCGCUGCCAUCUUGGCAAGUCUGGACACAAAUGCAUGGAUGGGGAGUUGGUGACCACUCCGCUGUUUGAUGGUGAGGCGUCCUACAUAGCCUAUCCUCCCCUGACCAACAUCCACGAUGACCUGCGUGUUGAGCUCGAGUUCAAGCCCCUGGAGAGAAAUGGCCUGAUGUUCUUCUGUGGUGGCAAGAAAAUGAAGGUGGAGGACUUUGUAGCCAUCUCCAUGGUGGAGGGACAUGUAGAGCUCAGAUACGAACUGGGCACAGGCCAGGCAAUCCUUCUCAGUCCUGAGCCAGUCUCUUUAGGCCAGUGGCACAGAGUUGUGGCCGAGCGGAACAAGAGAGCCGGCCACCUCAGGGUCGACCAUGGCCUGGUGGAGAGGAAGAUGUCUCCAGGAAAAGCCCAGGGCCUCAAUAUCCACACCCACAUGUACCUUGGAGGAGUUCCCAGCAUGGACAUCCUGCCGAAGCCUGCUAAUGUCAGCAGAAUGUUUUGGGGAUGUGUAGGAGAGGUUUCCAUCAACAACAAGAAGGUGGAUCUGUCCUACAGUUUCACAGAAAGCAGGUCUAUCCACAAGUGUGUGGACAACAGCCCCUGUGACCGCCGGCCCUGCCUGAACGGUGGUCACUGCAUGUUGAGUGCUGAAUAUGAGUACCAGUGCAUCUGUAAGGAUGGAUUUGAAGGUGAGCGUUGUGAGGUGGUGAAAGAUGUGUGCCAGAGCAACCGUCAGUGCCAGAAUGGUGGCAGCUGUUUUAAUGGCCAGUGUGUGUGCACAGCUGGGCACACAGGCCUGACCUGUGAAGAAAGCCAGGUCUCCAGUUUCCCCGAGGCCCCGUGGAAUUUGGAAACUAGCGAGCCAAAUGAUUCACCCUACCAGUAUGCAGCUCAUUUCCACAAUGACGGUUACAUUGCUCUUCCUAAAUCCAUUUUCCCCAGAAGUGCCCAUGACUCACCAGAGACCAUCGAACUGGAGAUUAAUACGCACUCUCCUGAGGGCCUGAUCCUGUGGCAGGGGGUGGAGACCAAUGCCACACGCAAUUUGCGAAAGGUGCAUGCUAAUAAAAAGGAACACGGAGAACACGCCAAAGGAAAGGACUUCAUUAGCCUUGGUUUGCAGAACGGACACCUUGUUUUCAGUUACCAGCUGGGCAGUGGGGCGGCUGAGAUUUUGUCCAGGAAGUCCAUCAAUGAUGGGAAAUGGCAUAAGAUUACAGCAGUCAGAACUGGAAAAGAUGGCUACAUCCAGAUUGAUGGAGGAGCUGCACUACACGGACAGUCCAAAGGCAAAAGCCUCAUGGUCAACACUAAAGGCAGUAUAUACCUUGGUGGAGCCCCAAACAUGGCUGCUAUGACAGGAGGGAAGUUUUCUUCAGGAAUAACAGGUUGUGUGAGGAACGUUACACUGAUGAAUGCCCAGCCAGGACAGCAGCCAGCCCAGGCCAUCGACCUUCAAGCCCACGUAGCCCACGGCACCAACAUGCAGCCGUGCUCUUCAUAGACACACGUACACAAACAUGAAUAACCACAAACACAGAGACUAUUGAGUGAUGUCAGACACACAGAGAGACUUACACACGUACAGCCUGACACAAACUUGGUGCUUUGCUGCUACCAAAAAACAAGGUGACACAAGAGGACAUGUUUUUCUGUGUGCAGUAAAAACAACAACAACAAAAACAAGAAAAAUUGAAACAAUAUUAACAAGUCUUCUCUUCCUCAGUGUUGUAUUCUCAGUGAAGGACUAUUAACACAGGAGAACCAGUACAGUUUACAUACUUUACAGUAUACAGUAGUUUUAGCCCUGCGAUGCAUAAGAGAAAACAAAUUAAACCUGCAGUGGGUCAGAUCCUAUGGAGUGGGAGAUGUUUUUACAGCACUGAAUUUUUAUUUAUAUACAUAUAAAUAUCUAUUAUAUUUGUGGGAGAAAACAUGCAAACUAACAAUAGUUGCUCUUCAGCUUUCCUAGAGUUUAUUCUGGGUUCUAAUACUGUGUGUCCAGAGCUUUUUCUAAGCCUAACUGUUUUAAUGCUUGAAGAAGUUUCGGCCUUCUUUCUUCUCUUCUGUAGAGGAACCUUUUUUGUGCAGGCAUGCUCAGCCUUUUGGGAGAGGAGUGCACACAACUGCAACUAUGUGCAGCUUCAGUACACACCUCAAGUUGAAAAUGCCAAUUAAAAGCCGCAAAUAUUUCCAAGUACUGUUGCUUUGGCCAGGCCACUUUUCUUUGCGUCACAAGUCAAUCACAAUCACAAUGACUCUUUUGUGUCUGUUUUUUUCUUGUUUAUGAAAAGAAAGAAUCUUUGGUGCUAACAUCAGACAUGAAGAUGCAGUACAAAAUCAUAUGAUUGCCAGUUUGUCACAUGUAGGUUCUUUUUUAGCACAUUGGUAACUUAGAUUAGUAAACUAGUGUCACAUUUGUUGAUUUGCAUGACAUUUGAAGUUGCUUUUAUGACCAUAUAGCUCGGUUUAUUGCCUCCACAGAUUUAUAUGAUUGAGUAGAUCUCAAAAACUAUUUUUAAGAACUGAAAAGUGUGUAGUUUUUGUGUGGUUGUCAAGGAUAUUGUUUUAUGUGUCAAAGCUAUCUGCCAUUCAGGUAGAUUGAGGAUGAGUGGGUAUGCUAAGUAUGUUUUUUGAUUAUGUACAGUAUGUCUCAGGCCUUUCUCACAAGUCACUCUACUUUAAGCCCCACUAUAGAUUCACUUGUGUGUGUGAAUUCAUUUGUCAUUGUCCACAUCCUUAGGAGGGUCAAGCCAGAACAGCUCCAAGAAGUUAUUUUGAGGUUUGGUAGCUUUAGUGCUAAUUCAGUCAGCUAUAAAACUCUGAAGGCUCAGUGUUUCUGUAGGUUGUUUCCCCUGCAGCAGAUAAGAAGUAGUACACAGUUUUAAUAAUGUCGACUCAUGUGGGAAUGCAGUGGAAGCCUCCUGUAGGUGCUGUGACCAGUAGUGUAACUCUAAUAAAGCAUGCUUGCCUGCCUAGUGGAUGGCACAACCACUUUGGGUUUCACCAACCUUUUUCUCAUUGUAAAGGUUAAAAUAUUUGUAUUAAUAUCCUAAAAAUGAGUACUAUUAACUAGAGUUACUUCAUUUUUAUUUAUUUAGGUUUUCUUUUUUUCCUCACUUUUGUUUCAAGGAUUUGUUCUGCUGUUUUAGAGCAAUCACAGAAGCUUGCGAUUUUGUUCCCCUGGUUGUUGUGGAUCGCCUCCCACACCCCUUGUUCUUCCACUCAGACUGAAUACAGCUUCCCAGUAAGUUCUUCAGAAACCACCCCGACAUUGUUCCAUUAAAGGCUAAUAUCUAAUACCUGACGGGAGCUGCCUGGUCAAAUGGUUGGAAACUGGUCUUAUUCAUUCUUAUCAUUCAUUGUGAAGAAAAAGUCUUAGGUUUCAAAUGCAAUUAAAGAAUUAUUUAUCUACACAGAAUGGUGUCAUCAUGAACAUGUGGAUCGUAAAGAGGUGAGUAGGAUAGGGUGUGUGCACGCCCCUUGUUGGGCACAUUUUAUGUAUCUGCUCUUAAACUGGGUUUUCAUAUAUACUGUAAGCUGAACAUUGUUGCCCAGUGCAAAGUUUUCAUGAAAGUGCCACAGUUUUUUGGUUGUUUUUAUGCCAUUACAACAUAUGAAAGGUGCACUUUCAGUAAUGGAGAUUUUUAUUUUGGAUUUUUUAAACACUUUACUGUUACACUUUUAAAUGGCGGGGAAAGAAAGCUGAUAACUGUUAAACAAAUGGAAAUGUACCAAAUGAAAUUUAUCCAUGUCGGGAUGUCCUGACUGGUCCAUUUCCAGUGCUAAAAAGAUGCUCCUCUUGCUCUUGGUGUUUCUUAAUUAAAAACAGAAUUCAUGUGC